CAUUGUGGCUUAUGAAAUAAGAUAGAUAAAAAAAAAUUUUUAAUCGUUAAGUUACUGCAAUCAAUUUUAAAUUUUUCAAAAAAUGGACUUUGGAUAUUUUAGCACUUCAAAAUGGAAAAUAACAAUAUUGGGCCAGAACCCAAGCGGAACAUCAAUCGGCACUCAAGUGUCAGGUGAACGUUGGCGCGGUGUUACUCUUAAGGCGCGAAGCAAUUCCUCCGCUUUACUUGGGGAAGUGGAUGUGCUCGGUUCUCCAAAUUAGACCCGAUUUUGUUCAGUCCUCCGAAUUAGACCCUGAUUUCUUCUUCAGUGCUUCUUCAGAUAGGAGCCGACUUCAUACUCUUAUAUAUAUUCCACUGUUAAUCAGAGGCAGAGCAUUGUAUCUUAAUUGGUUUCAAGAAAGAGUGGUGCUGUGGCUCCUUUCAUGGACGCGAUUUCCUCUUCAUGCUCUCAACCCCAAUUCGACUCUUUCACUUUCCCUCUGUUUUCCCAGCCUUCUACUUCAACCAUGCCGCCUUCUGAUAU